AAUAGUUAUAGCAAAUAUGUCUUGACAAAGAAGGUGCUGCUAGACAAGAGCCUCGUGGUGUAGCUCGGGCAGCAACCCUAUUGCCGAGGUUCACCAAGGGGAAGGGCAACUUCGCACUGACUUCUGAACGAUUAUGUUACAAGCCGCGUGAGUUGCACAUGGCCUCGCAACACACAGCGUGUCUAAACACGUAGUGAGGAACAUCGAUGCUCUUUGCGAUCCUCCAUCACUCCAAGUCUUUUGAGACUCGGAACAAGUGCGCCGAUACCAUGAAGACUCAAAACAUCCAAUGUUGUUCCAAAUAGAAAAGACACGAGGACGAGAGGGAACCCCCUGUUAAAGGCGCAGCCGAAUCUACAUAACGCAGUGGAUCUCUGUCGAUGCGCCUUUCUCUCUCGACGAUUUCCAACAGCUGACCACUCACACUCUUUUUGACCCUCAUUUUACCCUACACCAACUCGUCCGCUGCUGAAUUAGACUUGAUGGACAGCGAGCCAACAGGAUCGAAGCCGUUUUUGCCAACAAGCACAUCUGAUCAGAUCCAGUCAAUCGAUUUGGCUGUACCACACGCAAAAAUGCUGCCGCCACCAGUAUCGCCUUUUCGCUUGCCAGCUGUGAGCGAAUUGACGGGUGGGCAGACAUAUCCUCCCAUUCGUCCAGGCUUUCUACGACAGCCUUUCAGCUUGCCGCCCCUGAUCAUCACCAGGUAUGGUGCCGAAAGUGACGGAGAUCGAAGUUCGCCAAGACUUCCCAUCAUGCAAUCGCCUAUGCCGCAUUCGCCUCUGGAUAGGCGAACACCCCCACAAGGGGCUUGGACGGUCGGUCGUGCUCGCACAUCCAAGACACCUCUCAACGAACACACAAGCAACGCUCGUAAGCGCGCAAACAGCGAUACUGAGCUCGAGCAACGACCUGGCCAGUCAGGUGAGACCUCGACGCUGCGACCUUUCAAGCAGCGUCUUCUCCCCAAAAUGCCAGAACCUCGACACUUUAUUGCGUCAGCUUCCCAUCAAGACGCACUCAAUCGACAAAAGAGCCAGCAAGAGCGUGACAAGCCAGUAGCUCGCAAAGGUCAGACCCCCACGGCUGCAACCGCACCCAUGCGGCAAGACACCAGCUCUGCGUCGCCAAGACGACAAGAUUUUGUACCGCCAUCGCCUACUGCAGUUUACAGCCCAACAGGCGUAGCUUGGUUUGUUUCAAUGCAACGACCUGGCCGCCGACCAGGACGCAAGUCGCGUGUUCAGAUUGAACGCUUGCGUGUCGAGCAGAUGGAACAGGAGCAGCACUUGAGUGAGCGACAAUCUCGUGCUCAAGAAAGCCCCGGACGUGCCGACAGGCACGAUUUGGAUGUUCGUCAACCUGUCACCCAACGACGGCCCUCCAUACGCCCUAUUCAACCAAAAGAUCGGCCGCAAGACUUGCGUGCAGAGGCAUUGCAGACUCGACCCAUCAACAAUGGUCCUUUUUCAGCAGAUCGCAUCCAUUUCUCUUCAAAGGCAGUCAUUCCCUUGACUCGAUUUGGUGAAUUGACCGCUCCACCGCCAGUCUUGUCGCCCGAGAGCCGAUACUUGCCAAGCAUGAGUCCAAUCGUCCCUAGCUUCCCAAAACGACCCGAAUUACGCCCGACGGCGAGCUUUCCUCGACCAUGGCCUGGUUCGCCAAUCCUUGAAAGACGAGACUGGCCUCCAAUGCCAGUGGUAACACCUCCAACGCCGGUGUCAGCAACGUUCCGGUACAAAGUGAAACCAGCAGGUCAAGUGAGACAAGCCUCGACGCACCUCGACAUUGCAAAUGGAGCAGACCAAUGCUUGACAGCUCUUGCAUUCGAUCCCGUGGUGUUGCAAUUGUGUCACCAAGAGCGUCUAGAAAAAAACAGGAAACAAGAGCAAAGAAAGGCCAGUCUAAGCGUAAAUGGACGAGCUUUGCUGUCUCCGACAGGCAACUCGAUUUCGCACCCUGGAAGAAUUCGUCAACAGACAGCCGGACCGGACACUUUGAGGUCUCAAGAAAACGCUCAGCCGACAUACAAAGUGCAAAGUCUCGCAGUCGGGCUAGAUGAGCGCUCAAUGUUUUUCAGGGUGCCCCAUCAGGCAAGCCUAACUGAUAAGUUGGUCCACUCUGGAGCUGCGACCAUUGAUUCAGAAUUGCUAGAACGCAUCGUCGCGCCACACGGAGACUUACUCUGGCACACGUACUUCAGAAUCGUGCAUCCUAGCCUGCCCAUUUUGAGCAAACGCCAGCUGAGGUCACGUAACGAUGAGAGAUUCCCGACCACUUUGCUGGCUGCAAUGUACCUGUCUGCGAGCUCCUACCUGCCAGCGAGCUUCAAGGACAAAUUCAUGCUGGAUGGUCGAUGCAACAAUCUUCAUACCUUGUUGAAAGGAGGCUUGCUAGCAGAAGCGGAGAACCCCAGUCUCGCCACUGUGUGUGCAUUCUUGCUUUACCUUCAUUUACCGUUGUGGCAGGAAACUGCCAAGCUUGACGACCUCGGUGAAGCAGGAUUCAACAUUGAGGCUACUAACAGACGAUGGAUGAUGACAACACUUCUCCUGAAUUGUGCGCACCAGCUUGGACUCAACCUAGAUCCUGGACAGUGGGCAAUUAGUGAAUCUGAUAAGCAUAUGCGUAGGAGACUUUGGUGGAUGACGGUAAGGCCUCUAGCGACGUUUAAUACUGCUGACAAGUAGUUGACUCUUGAAAAGUGGAACAGCCUCAUUUGCGGCCGGCGUUCGACCAUUCGUCCAGGCCAAUAUAAUGUCGAGAUGCUGGCACUGACGGAUUUCAAUGACGAUGAUAAUGGUCCGACGAGCCUGCCUGGGCAUAUGCGUACGUCCCAGUAUUCACCCGACUUUGCUGACAAUAGACUGCAUCGCAAAUGCAGAUUUGGUCCUGCUGCUGGCAGACAUUCUCGAAAUCUUACACAAUAAUACGCGCGCUCCACUAGGCACGGAGCGGCUGAUGCUGUCGUCGCUGCUCAAUUUCCGUGCAGGCCUUCUAAAGCUAAUCAUUCCAAAUGAACACCCGCUGGCUUCGGGUGAACAUCAUCAGGCCAUUUGCCAUUUGCAAUUGCACCUGAGUUUCAUGGCAUGCUGGAUUUUAACGCUCAAGUCUCUCAUGACCAGGCCGCAGGACGCGACUGACCCAGAGACACCAA